GCAAGAGGCGACACUUGUCAUGUGGACCGCCGCUGGAUCUCUGCACGGUGCGGGUGCUUUGCUUUGGACUGCCCUUUGCCGUAAUAUGCCCGCCAGCAGCCCUCCCGACGCCGAGCGCACAGUCGGCCCCGCCGAAGACGACGCCGACGCGGGCAAAGAAGGCGGCGGCCGGCCCCGCGGGGCGCUGGUGUGGAGGAACGUGUGGCUCAUGGCGAUGCUGCACGCCGGCGCGAUCUACGGAGUCUUCCUCGUCCCCGGCGCUCGCGCCCUCACGCUCGCGUGGACUGCCGCGUGCUUCUUCAUCAGCGCGCUGGGCAUCACGGCCGGCGCCCACAGGUUAUGGAGCCACAGAUCCUACAAGGCGUCACCGGCCCUGCGAGUCUUCCUGGCUCUCGCCAACUCGAUGGCCUUUCAGAACGACAUAUACGAGUGGGCGAGGGACCACCGCGUCCAUCACAAGUAUUCGGAGACGGACGCCGACCCGCACAACGCCAAGCGGGGCUUCUUCUUCGCGCACGUCGGCUGGCUGCUGGUCCGCAAGCACCCCGACGUGGUCGAGAAGGGCCGAAAACUGGACCUGUCCGACCUCAAGGCCGAUAAAGUGGUCAUGUUCCAAAGACGGCACUACAAGCUGUCUGUGUUGCUGUUGUGCUUCCUGGUGCCCAUGUUGGUUCCCUGGUACUUCUGGGGCGAGUCCCUCCUGGUGGGCUACUUCCUGCCCGGCUUGCUGAGGUACACGAUCGGGCUCAACGCCACCUGGCUGGUCAACAGCGCCGCCCACAUGUGGGGCAACAGACCCUACGACCGCACCAUCAACCCCAGGGAGAACAGAAUCGUCGCCUUCAGCGCCAUAGGGGAAGGCUUCCACAACUACCACCACACGUUCCCCUUCGACUACGCCACCAGCGAGUUCGGCUGCCGCCUCAACCUCACCACCGCCUUCAUCGACCUGAUGUGCCUCCUGCGUCUGGCCGGCGGGCGCAGGGCGGCGUCCAAGGAGAUGAUAGCGGCCCGCGUGCAGCGGACCGGCGACGGCGGCGCUCAAAGCGGCUGACUCGGAAUGUGGCGACGCGUUCUUGGUGGUGAUGAUGAAGAAGAUUAUUUUUAAGAGACGCACGGGCAGUAAGUUUUCACUCAAAAACCACAACAACAGUUGACCGGAAGACAAAAAGGGAAGCUAAUCGGGAUUCCUUUCUGUUCCUUUUCCACUGCGCGGUGCUGACUCGCCGUUAGCAUUUUUCAACAAGGCACUGUUUCGAGUACCUCGUCGUUUCACGGUGGAACGGAUUUGUAAUUGGGACAUUUCAGGGUGAACGGCAAGAAAAGGCAAAAAAUGAAAGGACACGGUUCACGUUAGCUUGUACACCGCAGUCUCCGCUUUGCUGCAGCGGCCCACAAUCUCGUUCCGGAUAAAUUGUCUCCUUCCAAGUGGCCACGCGAACUAAUAACCUUGCCGGUUUUAUUCAGGCUUUUGUUUAAAAUUAAUUUAACUGCGGCCUGGUUUUUCCUCAUUCCCGAGCCGAGUUGCUAGUAUACAGCGGUUGAACCUUCGGUUGCAGGUUAAUUCAUUUGAUAUUUCUUACAAAUGUUUGCCAGUUUAGAAACUUGAUGAUUAAGGGCAUCCCCGUUACUAUUUAUGUAUGUAUUUUUUUCCCCCUGAAAAGCAACAAAUAUAUGGUAUCUUUAUGGUCUAGAGACAAUAAGGGGAAAAAAAACCACAAAAUGUGAAUAGAUAAUUUUGUUAAAGUCAACUCAAGGUACUUCUGAACUUUUUUUAUUGGAGAACACUAUUGACUGUUCCAAAGUGUCAGAAUACCCCGAGGACGGCUACGUACUUGUUUGAUUUCUCUUUUGCAUUUGCGCAGUGCAGGUGAGGCAGCCCCAAUCCCGCCUCACAUUCUGCCGCACGGAUUGUAUUCCCGUUCCGGUUCUUGGUUUUCCCCUGUUGGAGGCACAAUUUCGACCGCUGUCCACCAAAGUAGAGUGAUGCCUCGGUUCUUGACCACAAUCCGUUCCAGAAAACGGUUCGAGAAGGGAUUUGUUCGGGAACCGAAUCGACGUUUCCCGUUACAAUGAAUGGAAAAAGAAAUAAUGCGUUCCAAGCCUAAAAAAAAAAAGG